AUGGAUUCAUCAGAGUUCAGAAAAUUUAUUGCUCUUCUCUGGAAGAAUUUUAUUUUAAAGAAGCGGAAAUGUAUUGCUUUAGUUGUGGAAAUGGUCCUAACGUUUAUAUUUGGUGCUACGCUUUUGGGAACACGCUACUUUACUGUUCUAAAGACGUAUGGACCUUAUGGUUUUCCCCCUCUGCGUGUGGAUGACGUCCCUUUAUUUAUCAGAGCUCCCACCAUGUUUCCUUAUCCUUGGGAAUUGGCUUAUGUGCCUUCCAAAAGUAUUGUUGUACGGGAUAUUGUUGAAAACGUGAAAAUGAAUUUAAACAACAAUAUAAAAGUUCUAGGCUUUUCCACAGAAGGACAUUUUGAAGAUUAUGUUAAGCAAGAGAAUAACUCUCAGAAAGUUCUGGCUGCUAUUGUUUUUGACCACAACUUCAAAAAUAGCAAUGAUCCUCUGCCACUUAAGGUUAAAUAUUACCUGCGUUUUAGCAAUUUUCAGAAGAACAUCCUCAUUGGGAGGAUUUGGGAUAAAAAAAACUGGUUCACAAGUUUUCUCUUUUCACCUCUCCCUAUGGUGGGACCCAGAAACUUUGAAGCUGAUGGGGGUAGUCCUGGGUACAUCAGUGAAGGAUUCCUGGCUGUGCAACAUGCCUUAGAUAAAGCCAUCAUGCUCUAUCAUAGCAGCACUGGAGCACAAAAGAUGUUUAAUGAUACCAGCAUUUUUGUUCAACGAUUUCCAUACCCAUCAUAUCGUCAUGAUUAUUUCUUUUCAUUUGUUGGUAUUUUACUUCCUAUAGUAAUUGAAUGUAUCUUCUCUUUGAAUCAUCUUAUCCUCAUUCAAUCCAUUGUGUGGGAAAAGGAAAACCGAUUGAAGGAGUACCAGCUCAUGAUAGGACUCAGUAAUUGGAUGCUUUGGGCUGCCUACUUCGUCACAUUCCUAUUAUUGUAUUCAAUUACCAUCAUUUUCAUGUGCAUAAUUUUCUUUAUCAAGAUUAAACCUGUACCAAUCAUUCAACAUAGUGACUCAACUCUGAUCUUCAUUUUCUUAUUGUUUUAUGCAAUCUCCACAAUAUGUUUCAGCUUUGUGAUUACAACAUUAUUCAAUAAAGGUGAUUUUGCUGUUGCUUUGGGACAGUUGAUUUUUUUUGCCACCUUCUUUCUCGCUAUCGGCCUCACCUUUCACACUGCACAGAUGAACUUCACCAAGAAGCUAGCUGCCUGUCUUAGCUCAAAUUUUGCAAUGGUCCUAGGAGUUUCACUUCUAGUUGAUGCAGAAAUUCAGGAAAUUGGACUUAAAUGGAGUAACAUCUUCUCAUCAACUAAACUGGACGACUUUUUUUUUGUCUAUGUACUGGGAAUGUUGUUAUUUGAUGCUCUCUUAUAUGGCCUAGUGACCUGGUAUAUAGAAGCUGUCUUUCCAGGAAGCUAUGGUAUGCCCAAACCAUGGAACUUUUUCUUGCUGCGCUCUUACUGGUUUGGGAACCCACCUGAGAAAAGACCUGAAAUAAACCAGUUUUAUGAUGCAGUCUUACAUGACUAUUUUGAAGCUGAACCUACUGAUUUGGUACCAGGUAUCCAGAUCCAAAAUUUGUGCAAGGUCUUUCGGGUGAACAAUGAGAACAAAGUAGCUAUAAAGGACUUGUCUUUGAAUUUGUAUGAGGGACAGAUCACUGUUCUUCUAGGACAUAAUGGGGCAGGAAAAUCCACUACUCUAUCCAUUCUCUCAGGUCUCUACCCUCCCACCAGUGGAAAGGCCUAUAUUAAUGGAUAUAACAUCUCGAGGCAGAUGGUCCAGAUUAGAAAAUCCUUGGGUUUGUGCCCCCAGCAUGACCUGUUGUUUAAUUACAUGACAGUAUCAGAACACCUUUAUUUCUAUGGUGUGAUAAAAGGAAUACAUCAAAAGGCAAUUCCUAUGGAAAUCAACAACAUGCUGUCCGCUUUUAAACUGCUAGAAAAACAUAAUGCAUUAUCUAAGUCACUGAGUGGAGGAAUGAAGCGCAAACUGUCCGUCAUUAUAGCACUUAUAGGAGGCUCCAAGGUAGUAAUACUUGAUGAGCCAACGUCCGGCAUGGACCCAGCCUCAAGGAGAGUCACCUGGGAUCUCCUUCAGCAAUAUAAAAAGGAUCGUACUAUUUUACUAACCACCCACCUUAUGGAUGAAGCUGACAUCCUUGGUGACCGCAUAGCCAUCAUGGUCAGGGGAUCCCUGCGGUGCUGUGGCUCUUCAGUUUUCCUGAAAAAAUUAUAUGGUGUGGGAUACCACAUAGUUAUGGUGAAGGAACCUAACUGUAAGGUUGAAGAAAUCUCAAAAUUGAUUCAAUACUAUACACCAUCAGCUACUUUGGAGAACAAUGUUGGAUCUGAAUUAUCAUUUAUUCUACCCAAAGAGUAUGCACACAGAUUUGAAGGUCUGUUCACUUCUCUAGAAGAAGGACAGAAAACGUUGGGUAUUGCUAGUUUUGGUGCUUCUGUCACUACCAUGGAAGAAGUCUUCCUUAGGGUCAGCCACAUGGAAGUUUCAGACAACAAAGUGCAAGCUGUGCAGCCUUCCCAGAGGAGCAAAUUCUCUGCUAAGAACCAGAAUAGAAAUGUGUCAAGAAAUGCUACGAGAUCAAAUUCUCCCAUUCUAAAUGAAAGCCAAACUAUUAGGUUUAAUACUGGGUGUUCUCUCUACAACCAGCAGUUCCGUGCCAUGUUCGUAAAGAGGGUGAUGUUCAAUUGGCGCAACUGGAAGCUGGUUUUGCUACAGAUUUUGGGACUUUUAGGUUCUUUUGCCUUUCUCUUGACAGCUAAUAAUAUUUUUAGGGUUGAUGAUGCCAGGAAAAUGGAUUUGGGUCAAUAUGGUCACACGGUUGUGCCUUUUUCUGUUUCUGGGGAUCCUCGUUUGACUAUGUUUCUCUUGCAUAACUUUGAAAGUAUUGUAAAGUCUGAAAACCAAAGACUUAAGGAAGUACAAGGUGACUUACUGAAUUACUUGAGGAAAAGUAAAGAUUGCAUUCAUUUAUGUAUUAUUGCACUUUCCAUUGAGGCGAAGGCAAAUGAAACAAAAUUAACUGUUCUAUUCAACAAUGAAGCAUACCAUUCACCAUCUGUGGCCUUGGCAUUGUUAGACAAUGUGCUUUUCAGGUCACUUUCUGGCAGUGAGGCUUCCCUAACGGUCUCCAAUAAACCUCAGCCACGUCCUGAUAAGAAACACAGUAGAAAAGGGAUUACGAAUGGACAAGAGGUGGCUAUAAGUUUACAGUUUGGCACUGCUCUUUUGAUCAGUGGAUUUUCUCUCCUGACAGUGACUGAAAGAACCAGUAAAGCAAAGCACAUCCAGUUUGUGAGUGGGGUCUCUGUCUUUGUGUACUGGCUUUCUGCUCUAUUGUGGGAUUUCAUCAUCUUCUUCAUUUCCUGCUGCUUAAUAAUGGGAGUGUUAAAAUAUUUCAAAUUUGAUAUUUAUGUCAUGGAUUACCACAUUCUGGAAACCAUGGUUAUCUUCAUACUAUAUGGCUGGGCUGCCAUUCCUUUUGUGUACCUGAUGAGUUUCCUGUUUUCGAAAAGUACUUCUGCCUACAUCAUACUUAUGCUCCUCAACUACUUUUCAGGCACUAUUGGUUUCUUCAUAGGCACUGCAUUAGAAAACGAAAUUCAAACUAGCAUGUCAGAUUUCACCAGAAACUUCCUGCGUAAUUCCUUACUACUCUUUCCCAAUUACAACCUGGCGAGGUGCAUUGCUGGCUAUACUACUAUCUACCAGGAGAAGAUAUUGUGCAUCAGCCAAAAGAAUCCUCCUCUCAUGUUAAACUGUAGUAAAAAAAAUACUGAGAAGAAUAUAUAUUCUUUAGAAAAUAAUAUGAUUGGAAAGUAUUUGAUUAUUAUGAGUAUCAUGGGCUUUCUUUGCCUCUUCUUGAUUUUCCUUGGGGAGACAACUUUGUGGAGACUACGAGCAUUUCUCAAUAGAUACAUUUACUUUGGUAUCUACAGGCAAAUCAAGAAGGAUAUAGUGUCCAAGGAAUUAUCUGGAAAAUAUGAAGAUGAAGAUAUACAAAAUGAAAGAAAGAGAGUUCUGGAGCAAACUCAGGAGUUGCUGAAUUCCACACUGAUUAUUAAGGAACUAAUUAAGAUCUAUUUUACUUGUCCAGUCAUUCUGGCUGUAAAAAAUAUCUCCCUUGCAGUCCAAACUGGGGAAUGCUUUGGAUUGCUUGGAUUCAAUGGAGCUGGAAAAACAACUACUUUCCAAAUCUUAACUGGGGAGGACAGUACUACUUCUGGGGAUGUGAUCAUUGAUGGCUUUAGCAUCACCAAAAAUAUUCUAAAGGUCAGGUCAAGAAUUGGCUAUUGCCCUCAAUUUGAUGCCUUGUUGGAAUACAUGACGGCUUGGGAAAUAAUGAUCAUGUAUGCCAGAUUAUGGGGACUCUCUGAGGACCAGAUUAAGCCAUAUGUGAAAAAAUGUUUGAAGUCACUGGAACUGGAGCCUUAUGCUGACAAACUUAUUAGCACCUACAGUGGAGGAAACAAACGUAAGCUCAGUACUGUUAUUGCCAUAAUGGGAAAGCCCUCAGUCAUCUUCCUGGAUGAGCCAUCAACUGGAAUGGACCCAGUAGCCCGACGCCUGCUCUGGGACAAAGUGACACAGACACGUGAAAGUGGAAAGACCAUUAUUAUAACUUCCCACAGUAUGGAGGAAUGUGAUGCCCUCUGUACCAAUCUAGCUAUCAUGGUGCAAGGGAAGUUCAUGUGCUUGGGAAGCCCUCAGCAUCUCAAGAGCAAGUUCGGCAAUAUUUACAUCCUGAAGGCCAAAGCCAAGACUAAAGAUAAGUUAGAGGAUUUUAAAAUGUUCAUCAAAAUAACAUUUCCAGACAGUGUCUUAAAGCAUGAGAAUCAAGGGAUUCUUAACUACUACAUUCCCAGAAAGGACACCGGCUGGGGACAGGUGUUCGGCAUUUUGGAGAAAGCUAAAGAGCAAUUUGAUUUAGAAGACUAUUCUAUCAGUCAGGUAACACUGGAGCAAGUCUUCCUGAGCUUUGCUGACACAGAUAACAGAAAAUAA